AUGAAUGCUGAUACUUGUGUUUCUUAUUGUGAUCCGGCUGCCAUGGAUUCCUACUACAACGCAGCCUCCCAGGGCACAGAAGGCUCCUCGCCUUUUAGGGCAUUUCAAGCAAGUGACAAGUUCAGCCCUACUUUCCUGGCCAGCAAAGGACAAGGCUUUGGUGACAGCAGCACUAAGUGCCGGAGCCGCUACAGCCAGCAGGAAUGCCAGUCCCUGGAUGGCAGCGUGCAGGCUCCCGGCUCUGCCGGGGCUCCGGCCUCCUUUAACAAAUCCCCUCCGCAGCAGCAGCAGCAACAACAACAACAACCACCGCACCUCUACAUGCAGCGAGGUCCCUGCAAAACCCCCCCGGAGAGCAACCUCAAGCUGCAAGAGAGCAGCGGUCACAACGGAGCUCUGCAGGUCUCUUGUUACGGUAAGGAGAGCAAUUUGGGAGAGGCCGACUUGCAGCCGAGCUCCGACCCUUCGGGAAUGGACAGCAGCUACCUCAGCGUGAAGGAGGCCGGGGUGAAAGUGCCCCAGGACAGGGCCAGCACGGACCUCCCCAGCCCCAUGGACAAGGCCGACUCGGAGAGCAACAAGGGCAAAAAGCGGAGGAACCGCACCACCUUCACCAGUUACCAGCUGGAGGAGCUGGAGAAGGUCUUCCAGAAGACCCACUACCCAGACGUCUAUGCCAGGGAGCAGCUAGCCAUGAGGACAGACCUCACCGAGGCUCGUGUACAGGUGUGGUUUCAGAACCGGCGAGCGAAAUGGCGCAAGCGGGAGCGGUUCGGUCAGAUGCAGCAGGUCCGGACUCACUUCUCCACCGCCUACGAGCUGCCCUUGCUCACCCGUGCUGAGAACUAUGCCCAGAUCCAGAACCCCUCCUGGAUCGGCAACAACGGAGCCGCCUCCCCCGUGCCCGCCUGCGUCGUCCCCUGCGAGACGGUGCCCUCCUGCAUGUCCCCCCAUGCUCAUCCCCACGCGGCCGGCGGCGUCUCCGAGUUUCUCGGCGUCUCCGGUCCCGGCAGCCACGUGGGACAGACUCACAUGGGCGGCCUCUUCGGCACGGCCGGGAUGAGCCCCGGCCUCAACGGCUACGAGCUGAACAGCGAGCCGGACCGCAAGACCUCCAGCAUCGCUGCCCUGAGGAUGAAAGCGAAGGAGCACAGCGCCGCUAUCUCCUGGGCCACAUGACAUGGGU